GUCGCCAUUCACCAGUUCGGCAACAGAUUCCCACUCCACUCAUAUACUCUCUCUCCCUUCCUGAUAGCUCCUCCUCACCAUUUUCCAUAACACCCCAUUCCGUUUCGCGCUUGCAACAAAGGUUCCUUUCAACAACAAAGCUAGCUUUGCAGGCACAAGAAAGAAAAGGCUUGCUCAUACAAUACAGUUCUUCUUCUUCUUCUUCCUCCUCUUCUGAGUUUGGGUCAGCUGUUGGGUGGGUACGGUGCUAUGGUGUCCACUCUUUGCUCACCUCCACCCUUGCCCUGCUUCCUUCUCUUCGCCAUCGUCCUCUCCUUCGCGUCCGGCGAUGAUGGCGGUCGCGCGGCGGCACUGGAGCUGGACACGCAGGCUGCCUACCUCGCCAAGAUGAAGGAAGAGUUCCCGGGGCCGGGCAUGUCGAGGUGGUGGGACUUCACGUCGCCGGCGCCGGACUACUGCAGCUUCCGCGGCGUCGCCUGCGACCCGUCGGGCAACGUCACGGGCAUCGACGUCACGUCGUGGCGCCUCGUCGGCCGGCUCCCGCCGGGCGUCUGCGCGGCGCUCCCCGCGCUCCGGGAGCUCCGGAUGGCGUGCAACGACGUCCGCGGCGGGUUCCCGCUGGGCGUGCUCAACUGCACCUCCCUGGAGGUGCUCAACCUCAGCUUCUCCGGCGUGUCUGGCGCCGUGCCCCGCGACCUGUCCCCGCUGCGCGCGCUGCGGGUGCUCGACCUGUCCAACAACCUCUUCACCGGCGCGUUCCCGACGUCCGUCGCCAACGUCACCAGCCUGGAGGUGGUGAACCUCAACGAGAACCCCGGGUUCGACGUGUGGCGGCCGGCCGAGUCGCUGUUCCUGCCGCUGCGGCGCGUCCGCGUGCUCAUCCUCUCCACCACCUCCAUGCGCGGCGGCGUCCCCGCGUGGUUCGGCAACAUGACGUCGCUCACCGACCUGGAGCUCAGCGGCAACUUCCUCACCGGCCGCAUCCCGGAGUCGCUGGCGCGCCUCACGAACCUGCGGUUCCUGGAGCUCUACUACAACGAGCUGGAGGGCGGCAUCCCCGCCGAGCUCGCCAAUCUCACGCAGCUCACUGACAUCGACCUGUCCGAGAACCGCCUCACGGGGCCCAUCCCGGAGUCGCUGUGCGCGCUGCGCGGCUUGCGCGUGCUCCAGCUCUACACCAACCGCCUCACGGGCCCCAUCCCGGCCGUGCUCGGCAACUCCACGCAGCUGCGCAUCCUCUCCCUGUACCGCAACCAGCUCACCGGCGGGAUCCCCGCCGACCUCGGCCGCUACUCGGACCUCAACGUCAUCGAGGUGUCGGAGAACCAGCUGACGGGGCCGCUGCCGCCGUACGCCUGCGCCAACGGCCACCUCCAGUACAUCCUGGUGCUCAGCAACCUGCUGACCGGGCCCAUCCCGCCGGCGUACGCCGAGUGCACGCCGCUGCUCCGGUUCCGGGUGAGCAACAACCACCUGGAGGGCGACGUGCCGCCGGGCAUCUUCGGCCUCCCGCACGCCUCCAUCCUCGACCUCAGCUACAACCACUUCACCGGCGCCGUGGCGGCCACGGUAGCGGGCGCCGCGAACCUGACGUCGCUGUUCGCGUCCAACAACCGGAUGUCCGGCGAGCUGCCGCCGGAGAUCGCCGGCGCGUGGGGGCUGGUGAAGGUCGACCUGAGCAACAACCUCAUCGCCGGGCCCAUCCCGGAGUCCGUGGGCCUGCUGUCGAGGCUCAACCAGCUGUCCCUGCAGGGGAACCUGCUGAACGGGUCCAUCCCGGAGACGCUCGCGGGGCUCAGGACGCUGAACGUGCUCAACCUGUCGGACAACGCGCUGUCCGGCGAGAUCCCGGAGUCGCUGUGCAAGCUGCUUCCAAACUCGCUGGACUUCUCCAGCAACAACCUGUCGGGCCCUGUGCCGCUGCAGCUCAUCAAGGAGGGCCUGCUGGAGAGCGUGGCGGGGAACCCGGGGCUGUGCGUGGCGUUCCGGCUGAACCUGACGGACCCGGCGCUGCCGCUGUGCCCGCGGCCGAGCCUGCGGCGCGGGCUGGCCGGAGACGUGUGGGUGGUGGGCGUGUGCGCGCUGGCGUGCGCCGUGGCGACGCUGGCGCUGGCGCGGCGGUGGGUGCUGCGGGCGCGGCGGUACGCGGGGCAGGACAAGGGGCUGGCGUCGUCGUCUCCGGCGUCGAGCGAGUCGUACGACGUGACGAGCUUCCAUAAGCUGAGCUUCGACCAGCACGAGAUCCUGGAGGCGCUGAUCGACAAGAACAUCGUGGGGCACGGCGGCUCCGGGACCGUGUACAAGAUCGAGCUCAGCGGCGGCGAGCUGGUGGCGGUGAAGAAGCUGUGGGUGUCGUCGAAGCGGCGGCUGCGUGGGCCGAGCAGCAAGCAGGUGGACUGGGCGGCGGUGACCAGCACCACCACCAACAGCGGAGACAGCGACGGCGGAUGGCUGGGCGACCGCGAGCUCCGCACGGAGGUGGAGACGCUGGGCAGCAUCCGGCACAAGAACAUCGUGAAGCUCUACUGCUGCUACUCGGGCGCCGACUGCAACCUGCUGGUGUACGAGUACAUGCCGAACGGCAACCUAUGGGAGGCGCUGCACGGCUGCUACCUGCUGCUGGACUGGCCGACGCGCCACCGCGUGGCGCUCGGCGUGGCGCAGGGGCUCGCCUACCUCCACCACGACCUCCUCUUCCCCAUCGUCCACCGCGACAUCAAGUCCUCCAACAUCCUCCUCGACGCCGACUUCGAGCCCAAGGUCGCCGACUUCGGCAUCGCCAAGGUGCUCCAGGCGCGCGGGCGUGGCGGCGCUGACCGAGACGCCUCCACCACCACCAUCGCCGGCACCUACGGCUACCUGGCGCCAGAGUACGCCUACUCGUCCAAGGCGACGACCAAGUGCGACGUGUACAGCUUCGGCGUGGUGCUCAUGGAGCUGGCCACGGGGAGGAAGCCCAUCGAGCCGGAGUUCGGGGACACGAGGGACAUCGUGCACUGGGUCUCCGGCAAGGUGGCCUCCGGCGCCGGAGCCGAGGCGGACGCGCUGGACAAGCGUCUCGCGUGGAGCCCCUACAAGGAGGAGAUGCUGCAGGCGCUGCGCGUCGCCGUGCGAUGCACCUGCAGCAUGCCGGGACUCCGCCCCACCAUGGCCGACGUCGUGCAGAUGCUCGCCGAGGCCGGGCCGCCCGCCGGCCGGACGACCAAGGACGACUCCAAAGUACUCGUAGCAGAUCAUCAUCAUCAUGCUCCUGCUCCUUAGAAUUGAUUGAACUGAAGCAACGACGACGACGACGACGAACGGAGUACAAGUGCGAUCUCGACUUAACACACAUCAUUAGCUGUGUACGUGCUAAGCAGCCGAUUAUAUAUAUAAAUAUUUAUAUAUACUAAUUAUGAGGCGAUGAGUUACAUAAAGAUAAAGAGCCAGCAUGCAAGUUGCAAAGAUUGUUCGCUAGCUCUUGCACUAGUAGCUAGAGAGAGAGAGAUGUAUAGGAAGGGGAAGGAUAGCUAGCUAGGCAGCUUUAUUGUCUCCACACUGCUUGGUGUUUAAGCAGAAUCUGAUGCUCCGAUGACUGAGUGGACGGGAAAGACAAGUAUAUAUAUUUAUUUAUACGUAUAUCAUAUAUAUAUAUAUAUAUAUUUGAAUGGAAGCAAAUAUAUUGGCGCAAGCAUUCAGCUU